AUGAUAAAGGCAGUGAUGAUGAUGAACACACAAGGCAAACCACGCCUAGCCAAAUUCUACGAUUUCCUGCCUGUGGAGAAGCAGCAGGAGCUCAUACGCGGCGUGUUCUCAGUAUUGUGCAGUAGACCUGAGAACGUAAGCAACUUUCUGGAGAUUGAUUCAUUAUUUGGCCCGGACUCUCGGCUUGUAUACAAGCACUACGCUACUCUCUACUUUGUGCUUGUUUUUGAUGGUUCAGAGAAUGAGCUUGCUAUGCUUGAUCUCAUUCAAGUUCUUGUUGAAACACUGGACAAAUGCUUCAGCAAUGUCUGCGAACUUGACAUUGUGUUCAAUUACAGCAAGAUGCACACAGUGUUAGAUGAGAUUGUGUUUGGAGGACAGGUGCUGGAAACUAGCUCUGCGGAAGUCAUUAGAGCUGUUGAAGAAAUAUCAAAAUUAGAAGCUGCGUCGAACGCCAUUUCACUUGUCCCAAACUCUGUUUCCGGGUGGCGAGGCCGAUAG